AUGUCCUUCCUCUCCCCGCUAAUCUCCGCCACCUUCCCCUCACCCCGCCCAGGACCGCACAAGAACCUUGGAUACGCCUUCCUCUCCACCCCGGCUCUGGCGCCCUGGUCUCUGAAGUCCCCUACCUUCAUCAGCAACGGGAAGCCGGCAUUGAACCUAUUGGAUAUAGGGUAUGCGGUGUACUAUCCAUCCGCUCCGCCAAAACGGGGAUGGCUCGGAGGCGGGGAGGGUACGGUCCAUUGGUUGAGUGAUCCAAAGAAGGAGGUAGUACGGGGGUAUGAGCGCUUUCUAGGAAAGAGGACAUACUGGCUGCUGGUGAAAGCAAUGAGCUUCUUUGUGCCUCGCAUGAGAUUCCGUGCCAAUCGCAACGCUCCACUACUACCCCCUUCCUCAUCUUCGCAGUAUCCGAUCGUUGUAUUCUCACACGGUCUCGCGGGUACAAGAACGACCUAUUCACAAUACUGCUCCGCGCUCGCAUCGGAGGGAUUCGUGGUGCUGUCGAUCGAGCACAAGGACGGGUCUGGACCGCUGGUCACAGUCUCACGAGGGGAAGGAGACGGGGAGAAGGAUGGUUUGCUGCACUAUAUACGGGGGACAGAUCUACUCUGGGCUGUCGAUGAAGAUUCCUCACUCUCGCACUUCCGGACGCUCCAGCUUCAAAUGCGCCUUCGCGAGGUGUACGAGACGUACCACUCAUUCCGACGAGUACUGGCAGGCGAGGUGGAGCCUGUAUUUGAGGGGAUGAAGGGAGAUCAGCCGCUGGAAUGGCUUGCAUCGCUACGGGAUAAGGUCGAUCCCGAGCAGGUCUACUACACCGGGCACUCUUUCGGAGGAGCGACAGUCAUCAACACCCUACAAACACCUCCACCAGACUCAGCCUAUUCCCGACUUCCUGUCGUCAAAGCGAUAGCCCUGGACCCGUGGCUGGAACCCCUCGCAGCUCCUGCUCCAUCACAGCAUGGCGGGCCAGUCUCGCCGCCGCUCCUUGUGCUCAACUCUCCAGGCUUCACGAUAUGGAGAACCCACUUCCAGCGGCUGGUCAAGCUCGUGAAGGAGGCAAAGGGCAGUCUGAUCACUAUUAUGAAGGGUACCCACCAAAGCUUCUCCGACUUCCCCCUCCUUCUCCCACCAUCUAGCGGUUCCCUCCGCUUCCUCGCCGCCUCGCAUGAGCUCAGUAUCAACUUCAUCCGCGGUCACCUUGGUACUUCCCCGAUACUCAAGGACUUGCAAGCCGAUGGUGGAGAGGUAGAGAAGGACGAGAAGGGGAAGAUGACUGCCACAUCGGCGGUAGCUGUCCACCUCAUCGGAAAGGAUUGA